AUGGCGGACGCCCGCCUGGCUGCCGGGGCGCGGGGCACGCUGGGAGCUGUAGUCCGGCGGCGGCCCCGGGGCAUGCCGGGCCGUAAGGAGAAAAAAGAGAAGAAAUCGAAACGGCACGAGAAAUCCCGGAGGAGGAAGGCUCAGACGGAGGAGAGUGAGCAGUCGGAGGAGGAGCUCGACCCCCCCAAAGUCAAGAAAUCCAGGAGUGGAGUUAAACAAAACGGGUGUACCAGAGAGGAGAGCCCGGAGAACACGAGGUUAUCUUCCUUAAACGCUAAAUCUGCCCACAAAAAGCGGCACGGGAAUUCCAGUGAGACAUCGAGUGGGGAUGGCGACAGUGAGCAGGAGCAGGAGAUGACUGAAGAACAGAAAGAGGGGGCUUUCUCCAAUUUUUCUAUUUCCAAAGGGACUGUGCAGCUUCUUCAAGCUCGAGGGGUGACCUACCUGUUCCCUGUGCAAGUGAAGACCUUCGACCCCGUGUAUUCUGGCAAGGAUGUGAUCGCUCAAGCACGAACUGGAACAGGGAAAACAUUCUCUUUUGCUAUUCCCUUAAUUGAAAAGCUUCAGGGAGACUCACAGGAAAGAAAAAGAGGCCGCUCACCAAAGGUGCUAGUUCUUUGCCCAACAAGAGAGCUGGCAAACCAGGUUGCCAAAGAUUUCAAAGACAUCACAAGAAAGCUCACAGUAGCUUGUUUUUAUGGAGGAACUCCAUAUAAUGGACAAAUUGAUCUCAUGAGAAAUGGCAUUGACAUUUUGGUUGGGACGCCUGGUCGAAUCAAAGACCACCUUCAGAAUGGCAAACUGGACCUUACCAAGGUGAAACAUGUUGUACUUGAUGAAGUUGACCAGAUGCUGGACAUGGGAUUUGCUGAGCAAGUGGAAGACAUUUUACGUGUUGCGUACAAGAAGGAUUCUGAAGACAAUCCCCAGACUCUUCUCUUUUCUGCAACUUGUCCACAUUGGGUGUAUGAUGUGGCCAAGAAAUACAUGAAGUCUAGAUAUGAACAGAUUGAUCUUAUUGGGAAAAAAACUCAAAAGGCUGCUACAACAGUAGAACAUUUGGCAAUAGAGUGUCACUGGUCUCAGAGAGCUGCGGUUAUUGGAGAUGUCAUCCAGGUCUACAGUGGCAGCCACGGGAGGACCAUUGUCUUUUGUGAGACCAAGAAGGAGGCUAAUGAGCUGGCUAUGAAUGCUUCAAUCAAACAGGCAAGAUGGGAAGACUCAAAACAGUGGCGUUUGUGUGUGGCAACUGAACUGCCUGAUUUAGUAGAAUCACAGAGGGCAGGAGGAGGAGGUGGAGGAGGAGGAGGAGGCCGAAGCUUCUCAGGCUCCAGGAAUGGGCGGCGUGGAAGCUCCGGCAGAAACAGAUUCAGAGGCAGAGGACAGAAACGAAGCUUUGACAGAGCAUUUGAUCGUUAA